CGAGCGGAGCGGAGUGGUGAUCGCCGAGAGAGACGUGAACGCGACGCGGCGGCUGGACGCGAGAGAGAGAGAGAGAGAGAGAGAGAGAGACAGAAGGCCGCACGAGAGUGAACGGUAGUGUGAUUUUCGUCGCCGGAGCGGACUCGAAAGGGUGUGCGUGGGGUGUCUCGGUUCGAAUUUCGUUCGGUCGUCGGGUGGCGGAGCACUCCGGCGGCGCGCAAGCUUAGCGGUGUCCGCGUUAGCGACUCGCGCUCGCCGACACGAAAAUGGCGGGCCUCGGUGUCGGUCUCGGUGGUACGAGCGGAGGCAGCAGCGGUGGCCGCCGUCGACGUUGCUAGUCCUCGCGUCGUCGUCAUCGUUAUUGUCGCGGUAUCGAGAGGACACGAGUGAGUUAGUGCGAUCGGUGAAUCGUCGCAACCGUACGGGAGAUUUCCCGCCCUCCCGGUGUGCUGUGCUCUGCGUGUGUAUCCGCUCUCGCACGCACCACGCUCGCUCGCUCGCUCGCUCACUCGUUCGUCCGUCCGUCCGUCGUUGGGUAGCGUGUCGCGUUGGUUGAAAACGGAACGAGUCGAACGGAACAGCGGAAUAGCGUUAUAUCUGAGUGUUGUGAAUAACAGUUCGACGGCAGUGAGCGGUGGCGGUGGCGGUGACGGCGACGGCGACGGCGGUAGCGGCAGCAGCAGCGGCGGCACGCACAUAGUACUCCGGCGCGCGCGAGAGAGACAGAGACGGAGGACGGAGAGACACACAGGUAGCGACCGUGCGAAUCCCCGGUAGGCAGGCGGGAGGGAGGGAAGGAAGAAAGGAGAGAAAGAGAAAGAGCGGCAAGAGGGAGAAACGGAACGGAGGACGGAGAUAGGGCAAUAGAAAGAGCGAAAACCUCCCCCCUCCCCUCCUCCCCAGAGAACGGACAGAGGACGCACAGGCGGCGAGGCAGACGGGAACGAAAGUUUAGUAGCGGAUCGACGAUGGGCAAACAAACACGAUGGAGUGACUGUGUCGCAAAGUGUUGAUCGCCGUACCAUUCAGGUGACGAGUGAGAGAGAAAGACAGCGAUUACGCGGGGAAACUGCCAGAGAGAGAAAGAGAGACAGAGCACGCGCGCGAGAAAGACAGUUAAUUGGACGAGGGAGGGAGAGAGAAAGAGAGAGAGAGAGAGAGAAGUGCGAGUGCCGCGAUCGGCGGCAGCGACCGCGGGAUUGUAACACACGUUGCGGAGGACGACGAAGUCUUGAUGCCGAUGCCGGCCGAAUACCACGAGGGCCACGGUAACCACGAGAACGCCAAUUUCGCUCUCGGGUCCACGCAGGACGCCAACAACAUGACGGCCAACAUGUAUCGGGUGGGAGAUUACGUGUAUUUCGAGACUGCCACCUCGUCGCCGUAUCAGAUUAGGAGGAUAGAAGAAUUAAAUAAGACCGCGAACGGGAAUGUGGAAGCAAAAGUCAUGUGUUUCUUCAGGCGGAGGGAUUUGCCGUCUACCUUAGUCAUGCUGGCAGACAAACAUCAAUUGGCAAGCGCGGAGCAGCAGAGGUCAGAAUCCCCUGCGAGUACACAGAAUCAGAAACUCGAGAAUCCCGACACUACUAAGGAAAUGACUAAUAAAGAUGGUAUCGGGCCCAAAGUGAUGAUCAAAGGGGGCGGGAAAGGGGGCUGGCUGAAGGCCCCAUUAUCGGAGGCCCAAGAGCCCCAUGGGAUGGAAGAAGGUGUUUCUGGGGGAGUAACGGAAUUAAGUUCUAAGCAACGUCAUCAAAUGAAACACAGGGAACUGUUUUUAUCACGACAAGUGGAGACCUUGCCUGCUACGCACAUUAGGGGCAAGUGCUGCGUUACGUUAUUGAAUGAAACCGAAUCCUUAACGAGCUACCUAAACAAGGAAGAUUCAUUUUUUUAUUGCUUAGUAUUUGAUCCUGCUCAACGUACUUUGCUUGCUGACAAAGGCGAAAUUAGAGUAGGUAAUAGAUAUCAAGCGACAGACAUACCAGCAGUACUGACGCCCGCCGAGAGAGAGGCGGAUUCUCGCAGGUUACAAGAUUUAGAGAGUUUGGUUUGGACUCCGAGACACAAUUUGACAGAUCGUCAGAUCGAUCAAUUCCUUGUUGUUAGCAGAUCAGUAGGCACCUUCGCGAGAGCCUUAGAUUGUUCGUCCUCCGUUAAGCAGCCCUCCUUGCAUAUGUCCGCAGCUGCCGCAUCUAGAGACAUUACUCUGUUCCAUGCAAUGGAUACGUUGCAUCUGCACACCUAUGACUUAUCGAAUGCCUUAGCGUCUCUAGUACCUAGUACCGGCCCCGUGUUGUGCCGAGACGAGAUGGAAGAAUGGAGCGCGUCCGAGGCGAAUUUGUUCGAAGAGGCGCUAGAGAAAUACGGAAAGGACUUCGCGGAUAUACGAGCGGACUUUUUACCGUGGAAAACACUGAAGAAUGUAAUCGAAUAUUAUUACAUGUGGAAAACGACGGAUCGAUAUGUCCAGCAAAAAAGAGUGAAAGCAGUAGAGGCAGAGAGUAAGCUGAAGCAAGUUUACAUACCAAAUUAUAACAAGACUCCCGCGUCAACAACCGCACCUUCUACCGCCACGAUUGUACCUCUGGGCAAUAGUAAUAGCAACAGUAACGGAAAGCCGACCAGUGUUUUGAACGGUAAUAGUAACGGCAGCAUGGUGGGUGACAAUUCUGGGAUACUUAUGGUUGGAGUCGGUGGAAAAUGCGAGAGUUGUCAAGUCGUCCAGAGUCCACAGUGGUAUCCCUGGGGACCACAGAACAUGCAAUACCGUGUUUGUCAAACCUGUUGGACGUAUUGGAAGAAGUACGGAGGACUCAAGAUGCCGUCACGCGCAGACGACGUCGAUCUCGAGAGGAAACGCACCGGCGCCGGAUCGGACGAAGAGAGCAAGGGGAUGGGCGGCGCGCAUAGGCCGCAUCGAUGUAACAUUCCCACCUGUGGCAAGGAAUUUAAACUGAAGGCUCAUCUGAGCCGUCACUACGCGAGCGCGCACGGAGUAGAUAUGCGCGGCGCCGCCGGAAGCGGCGGUGGCGGCGGCGGAUCGCCGCGGCCGGUCAUGAAGACUCGAUCCGCGUUCUACUUGCGCACCCCCUUGGUGGUGCGCGCCGCGCGACGUCUGUGCUUCAUGCAAUUGCGCACACGUCACGCCGCGCGAGCGCCCCAUCAACCGGUGAAUGUCGCACCGUUGCGGCAGCUAUACACCCAGCUGGCAUCCAAGACACCUACAGAAUUACGUAUGCUUGCUCGUGCCGUACGGCCUCGGUCGCGUCCUCAAGUGAUCGACAUCGCCUCGCGUCUGGGCGAUCAUCCUUCACCUCGACAGCCCGGCGACUGGGAUUGGCUGACAUUGACUGCCCCGGCACUACGCAAACAACCCGAUCGAGUCUCAUUUCCACGUCCACCAAAGGCACCGGACGGCAGUCUUUUGUAUGAGAGGGUACCAAACAAGCCUGAAGUGGAUAGGCUCACAUUGACGCCUCCUCAUCCGCAACCUGUCAUGUCUAAUCCGCAAAAUAUCCUGAAACGUCCAAGACCAUUCGACGAAAUCAAUGGUUCUGAUGGUAUCGCCCUGAACGCUGGGCUUCCUUCUAGCGGACCACCUACGAAAAGAGCUCAUCAUCCGCAACAGUUGCACCCGAAACAUGCGCUGGAACAUCCCGCACCUGCAGUUCUUCCUCUCGCACCACCUCUUAACGGCAGAGCUUCUCAUCCACAUACGCUGCCUCACGGUCCACCGCUAUCUCGAAGUAACGCGCGUAAACAGGUCAUGUCGUGGAUGGAUGCACCCGAUGAUGUUUAUUUCCGCGCCACCGAACAGAUCAAAAGAGCUAGAAGAACCCUGGCCUCGGUGGAAUUACGAAGAGCCGCGCGCAAACCGUGGCGCAGAAUGUCCCUCCCCCUGAAUCCGCUUCACCUCCAAAGAGCGGGUCGCCAAGACGAUAUGGUCGUUAUCUUGGAUUGAAUCCGCACAAUCAGCACGAAUACAAUUGAACGAUAUUGUAUGUCGGUUCACUAAUUGCGAGGCAUGACGCUGUAACGCAAUCUUUAAUCAUGUGAAGUACAUAGUGAAGAUCACAGUUUCGUGUAUCGUCAUCGGCAGCUCCGAUGGAUCGAACCAACCAAAAGCGUAAAUUUUAGAGCUGGAAGAUCCUGGUAGCUUCGCAUGAAGGGAUUUCUUUUCUUUCUCAUGGAAGCUGAGCAAGUCGUGUUAAUAGAAAAAAAAAUGGCCUCGCUUGACCGAACGUGCAUGUUGAACAAUCGAGAACAUCGUUGAACUGUAACAACUUCACUACUUACGGAGUACUACUGAAGAAUUAAUGUUCAGCGAACUAAGUCAUUCAACGUGAACAUUUUCUAUCCGUAUUAAUUAUUGUUGUUAUUAAUAAUAAUUAUUAAUAAUUGAAUGUACAUAUACAUUACACACAUAGCCAUACAACACCGACACAUACAGCCUUGCAACACUACAAGUACACGUACACAUAUGCGAUACACAUCACACAAACAUACACGUUCUUAAUAUAUACAUGGACACAUCCAAGUACCGAAAACGAUCGGUACGAAUUUAAUAGCGAUAAAAAAAAAUAUUGGCCGAUACCUACGAAUAAGCUCAUAAAUAAUUGCGCACAGGAAAUACAACAGUGAUACAACUUUUGAAUAACAUUUGGCACAGGUAGUAUACUUUUAAGUAUAAAAUUAUACUUUAAAUAUACUUUAGAAACUAUACCAUAUAUUUUUCAGAAGUUAGUUACUCGAGUGUUGUAUUUUCUGGACACAAUGAAUGUUACGGCCGUGUAGGUAACAGAGACGAAUGUCUGAUCGAAAGCGAAUGCGUAAGGAAGAAAACAAGAGUGCGCGUGAGAGAAUAUGUAAUCGUGUGAGAGAGAAUGAAUUAUAGUGUGUAUGGGAGACAGAAAGAAGGAAUGCUCAUUGUGAAUAUUUUUAUUAAAUUUUCAAGUUUGAUGACUUCCGUCUAAAAAAUUAAUAAAUAAACAUAAGCAUAAGUGAAAAAA